AUGGAAGAGCAGGGGACGAGGAACCUUGAUGAGGAACUAGGGGACAAGGGUGGCCACAUAGUCACCCAUGGUAUGAAAGAGCAGCUGUGUGUAAUCAAUUACCAAAGUUUAGUAAGAAACCUAAUAAAAGUAAAAAACAUUCUACCACCUCAACAGAGAGAUGGAGAUCUUCCAGCUUCAAAGAAGAAACGCCAGGCAGGGGAGAAGAUCAUGUACACUUUGGUCUCAGUCCCACAUGGAAAUGACAUUGCGUCGCUUUUCGAACUGGAUGCCACGACUCUUCAGAGAGCGGACUGCCUGGUUCCAAGGAACUCGUAUGUUCGGUUAAGACAUUUAUGUACAAACACGUGGGUAACCAGUACUAGCAUCCCCAUAGACACGGAUGAAGAGAGGCCAGUUAUGUUGAAGAUUGGAACUUGCCAAACAAAAGAAGAUAAAGAAGCGUUUGCCAUUGUGUCUGUCCCACUGUCCGAGGUCCGAGACUUAGACUUUGCCAAUGAUGCAAAUAAAGUGCUGGCGACUACAGUUAAAAAGCUGGAAAAUGGCACAAUAACUCAAAAUGAAAGGAGGUUUGUAACCAAGUUAUUGGAAGACCUUAUCUUCUUUGUUGCUGAUGUGCCUAACAAUGGACAAGACGUUCUAGAUGUGCUUAUCACCAAGCCAAACCGAGAACGUCAGAAGUUAAUGAGGGAACAAAACAUAUUGGCACAGGUAUUUGGGAUUCUUAAAGCACCCUUUAAGGAGAAAGCAGGAGAAGGCUCAAUGUUGAGACUUGAAGAUCUGGGGGACCAAAGAUACGCUCCCUAUAAGUACAUGCUGAGGCUGUGUUACCGUGUGCUGAGACAUUCGCAGCAGGACUACCGGAAAAAUCAGGAAUACAUUGCUAAGAAUUUCUGUGUCAUGCAGUCCCAGAUUGGCUAUGAUAUUUUGGCAGAAGAUACCAUCACAGCUUUGUUGCACAACAACAGAAAACUACUAGAGAAACACAUUACAGCAAAAGAAAUAGAAACAUUUGUUAGUUUACUCAGGAGAAAUCGAGAGCCAAGGUUUUUGGAUUAUUUAUCAGAUCUGUGUGUGUCUAAUACCACCGCGAUACCCGUAACUCAAGAACUCAUCUGCAAAUUUAUGUUGAGCCCAGGCAAUGCAGACAUUCUCAUUCAAACCAAACUGGUCUCAAUGCAAGGAGACAACCCCAUGGAGAGUGCCAUCCUGUCAGAUGACAUUGAUGAGGAAGAAGUUUGGCUCUACUGGAUUGACAGCAACAAGGAACCUCAUGGCAAAGCUAUCAGGCACCUUGCCCAGGAGGCCAAGGAGGGCACCAAGGCUGAUUUGGAAGUCCUUACCUAUUACAGGUACCAGCUCAAUCUCUUUGCAAGGAUGUGCUUGGAUCGCCAGUAUCUGGCCAUAAACCAGAUUUCUACACAACUCUCUGUUGAUUUGAUCCUGCGAUGUAUGUCAGAUGAGAGCCUGCCUUUUGACCUCCGAGCAUCUUUUUGUCGCCUCAUGCUCCACAUGCAUGUUGACCGGGAUCCCCAGGAGUCCGUGGUCCCUGUUCGCUAUGCCCGGCUCUGGACAGAAAUCCCCACGAAAAUCACAAUUCAUGAAUAUGAUUCUAUAACAGACUCUUCCAGAAAUGAUAUGAAGAGGAAAUUUGCACUGACAAUGGAAUUUGUUGAAGAAUACUUGAAAGAAGUUGUAAAUCAGCCUUUUCCUUUUGGAGAUAAAGAAAAAAACAAACUGACAUUUGAGGUGGUUCACUUGGCUCGGAAUCUUAUAUACUUUGGAUUUUACAGUUUCAGUGAGUUGUUAAGGCUAACAAGGACUCUUCUGGCUAUCUUAGAUAUUGUCCAGGCCCCCAUGUCAUCAUAUUUUGAAAGAUUAAGCAAAUUUCAAGAUGGAGGAAACAAUGUCAUGAGAACCAUCCAUGGGGUGGGAGAGAUGAUGACCCAGAUGGUGCUCAGCAGAGGCUCUAUCUUCCCCAUGAGUGUGCCUGACAUUCAGCCCAGCCUGCACCCCAGCAAACAGGGGAGCCCCACUGAUCAUGAGGACGUCACCGUCAUGGACACCAAGCUGAAGAUCAUUGAGAUUUUACAGUUUAUCUUGAGUGUCAGACUAGAUUAUAGGAUCUCCUAUAUGCUGUCAAUAUAUAAGAAGGAAUUCGGGGAGAACAAUGGAAAUGCUGAAACGUCCACCAGUGGCUCUCCUGAUACACUGCUGCCAUCAGCUAUUGUUCCUGAUAUAGAUGAAAUUGCAGCUCAGGCAGAAACUAUGUUUGCUGGAAGAAAGGAGAAAAAUCCAGUUCAACUCGAUGACGAAGGAGGCAGGACGUUUUUACGGGUCCUCAUUCAUCUGAUCAUGCAUGACUACCCGCCUCUGCUAUCGGGAGCCCUGCAGCUGCUAUUCAAGCACUUCAGCCAGAGAGCGGAAGUUUUACAGGCAUUUAAACAGGUGCAGUUGCUGGUGUCUAAUCAGGAUGUAGAUAACUACAAACAGAUCAAGGCAGAUCUAGACCAGCUCCGACUUACUGUAGAGAAAUCCGAGUUAUGGGUUGAGAAGAGCAGCAGCUAUGAGAAUGGAGAAAUGGGUGAAAAUCAAGUAAAAGGUGGUGAAGAGCCAAUUGAGGACUCAAACAUUUUAAGUCCAGUGCAAGAUGGAACAAAGAAACCUCAGAUUGACAGCAAUAAGAGCAACAACUAUCGGAUUGUAAAGGAGAUUUUGAUUAGGCUCAGUAAACUCUGCAUCCAGAACAAAAAGUGUCGCAAUCAACAUCAACGAUUAUUGAAAAAUAUGGGAGCCCAUUCGGUAGUGUUGGAUCUGCUGCAGAUACCCUAUGAAAAGAACGAUGAGAAGAUGAAUGAAGUCAUGAAUCUGGCUCACACAUUCCUGCAGAAUUUCUGUCGGGGAAAUCCACAGAAUCAAGUUCUCCUCCAUAAACAUCUGAAUUUGUUCUUAACCCCUGGUCUCCUUGAAGCAGAAACCAUGCGGCACAUCUUCAUGAACAAUUACCAUCUAUGCAAUGAAAUCAGUGAGAGGGUUGUCCAGCACUUCGUGCACUGCAUUGAGACACAUGGCCGCCACGUGGAGUACCUAAGGUUUCUGCAGACGAUCGUCAAAGCAGAUGGUAAAUACGUGAAGAAAUGCCAGGAUAUGGUAAUGACCGAGUUGAUAAAUGGGGGUGAAGAUGUGCUGAUAUUUUACAAUGAUAGAGCAUCAUUUCCCAUCCUUCUCCAUAUGAUGUGUUCAGAGAGAGACCGAGGGGAUGAGAGUGGCCCCUUAGCCUACCACAUCACCCUUGUGGAGCUGCUGGCAGCAUGCACAGAGGGGAAAAAUGUCUACACUGAAAUCAAGUGCAAUUCCCUUCUGCCCCUGGACGACAUAGUGAGGGUGGUGACCCAUGAUGACUGCAUCCCUGAGGUUAAAAUUGCUUAUGUGAAUUUUGUUAAUCACUGUUACGUUGACACAGAAGUGGAAAUGAAAGAAAUCUACACAAGUAACCACAUUUGGAAAUUAUUUGAGAACUUCUUGGUGGAUAUGGCAAGGGUUUGCAACACAACCACAGACAGGAAGCAUGCAGACACCUUUUUGGAGAAGUGUGUUACCGAGUCAAUAAUGAACAUUGUGAGCGGCUUCUUUAAUUCACCCUUUUCAGACAACAGUACCAGCCUCCAGACACAUCAGCCAGUUUUUAUUCAGCUACUCCAGUCUGCCUUCAGAAUUUAUAAUUGCACCUGGCCAAAUCCGGCCCAGAAAGCCUCAGUGGAGUCCUGUAUCAGAACUUUGGCUGAAGUGGCAAAGAAUCGCGGAAUUGCCAUUCCAGUGGAUUUGGACAGCCAAGUGAAUACUCUUUUCAUGAAGAGUCACUCAAAUAUGGUGCAGAGAGCGGCCAUGGGCUGGAGACUAUCAGCUCGCUCUGGACCACGCUUUAAGGAAGCUCUUGGAGGGCCUUCUUGGGAUUACAGAAAUAUUAUUGAAAAGUUACAGGAUGUAGUGGCCUCCUUGGAGCAACAAUUCAGCCCGAUGAUGCAGGCUGAAUUCUCAGUGUUGGUGGAUGUGUUGUACAGCCCAGAACUGCUGUUUCCUGAGGGAAGCGAUGCGAGAAUAAGAUGUGGUGCUUUCAUGUCGAAGUUGAUUAACCAUACAAAGAAACUGAUGGAAAAAGAAGAAAAAUUGUGCAUUAAAAUUCUUCAGACUUUACGAGAAAUGCUAGAGAAGAAAGACAGCUUUGUGGAAGAGGGUAAUACAUUAAGAAAAAUCCUGCUGAAUCGAUACUUUAAAGGUGAUUACGGAGUCUCUAUAAAUGGACACCUCUCUGGAACCUACUGCAAAACUGCACAAGGAGGAGGAAGCUUUUCUGGGCAAGAUUCAGAUAAGAUGGGGAUAUCCAUGUCAGAUAUUCAGUGUCUCCUGGAUAAAGAAGGUGCAUCUGAACUUGUCAUCGAUGUUAUAGUGAAUACCAAAAAUGACAGAAUUUUUUCAGAAGGCAUCUUACUUGGCAUUGCCUUGCUGGAAGGCGGAAACACACAAACUCAGUAUUCCUUCUACCAGCAGUUACAUGAACAAAAAAAAUCAGAAAAAUUCUUCAAAGUUCUUUAUGACCGAAUGAAAGCUGCUCAGAAAGAGAUAAGAUCAACAGUGACAGUUAACACCAUCGACUUAGGUAACAAAAAAAGGGAUGAUGACCCAGAACUGAUGACAUCUGGCCCACGAAUGAGAGUAAGAGAUUCAUCAUUACAUCUAAAAGAGGGGAUGAAAGGGCAGUUAACAGAAGCUUCUUCGGCCACAUCCAAAGCAUACUGUGUCUACAGAAGAGAAAUGGAUCCAGAAAUAGACAUGAUGUGUGCAGGGCCUGAAGCGGGAAAUGCGGAGGACAAGUCCGCCGAGGAAGUCACCAUGAGCCCUGCCAUUGCCAUCAUGCAGCCGAUUCUGAGGUUUCUGCAGUUACUCUGUGAGAAUCACAACCGGGAGCUGCAGAACUUCCUAAGGAAUCAAAACAACAAAACCAAUUACAACCUUGUCUGUGAGACCCUUCAGUUUUUGGAUUGCAUUUGUGGAAGUACAACAGGGGGCCUGGGACUCUUGGGUCUCUACAUCAACGAGAAGAAUGUGGUGCUGGUCAACCAGACUCUGGAGAGCUUGACUGAGUAUUGUCAAGGUCCAUGCCAUGAAAAUCAGACAUGUAUUGCUACUCAUGAAUCUAAUGGAAUUGAUAUCAUCAUUGCUUUGAUUCUAAAUGACAUAAACCCUCUUGGUAAAUAUCGAAUGGACCUGGUGCUUCAACUAAAGAACAAUGCCUCCAAGCUUUUGCUGGCCAUUAUGGAAAGCCGACAUGACAGCGAGAAUGCAGAAAGGAUUCUUUUCAACAUGAGACCCAGAGAACUGGUGGAUGUGAUGAAGAAUGCCUACAACCAAGGAUUGGAAUGCGAUCAUGGGGAUGAUGAGGGCGGAGAUGAUGAUGUUUCCCCAAAGGAUGUUGGACACAAUAUCUAUAUCCUGGCCCAUCAG